AAACAUUGUAAAUACUUAUCGCUCGAACGUGCGAAUAUUUUCUCUAACUUCUGGUUCACAAUGGACAGUUUGCUUUUGUAUUGCUCACGAUUUUUUUUCCAUACUAUCGCAGUCGAAGUGGUCAUGUAUUCAUAUUUUUUGCACAUUUCAACUUAUGCACUCGCUACGUGAUGUGUAUAUAAGUGCAACUCAAAAAGAAAAGAACUUUUGACACUUUUGGGAAAUUUUGUGAAUAUAAUUUGAAUUUUUGAAACUUCGCUUCGUUAAAAUCAACUAGUUCAACAGGUAAAAAUGACUUUUGCCGGAGACGAUCACAAGGAUUCUUUUACUUCAAAAUUAAAGUUUUAUAACUAUGAAUUUCAGUGGAGAAUUGAAAAUUUCGCGUUUCUUUGUAAAACUAUGAAAAAAAUUACUUCUAAAAAAUUUAAAUCAAAUCACUCAGAAGGUUAUUAUUUUAUUGAAUUUGAUCUUACAGAAUUAACAGAAGGUGAUAAAGAUCCAUUUGUUAUUCGCUUCAUUUGUGCAGACGACAUUAGACAGUUUAUAAAUUUCAAAAUAGAAAUAUCUAAUUGUUUGGAAAAGAGUAAAUUAAAAUCUCUCCAUACUUUUAAUAAAACAAUAAGACCAGAACAAUUGUCUAUAAAAGUAUCAGAAUUGCUAAGUGCUUCAGAAAAUAAAGAACUAAACACUAUUUUAUUGAAAUGCGAGUUUACAGUUUUUGUUCCUAAUACAAAUGCAAUGCAAACACCGCUUAUUGCUAUUGAAAAAUGUAAUGGAUUAAUGGAAAGUAAUAAAAAAUUUCUCGACAAUGAAGAAUUCAAAGAUGUUACAUUUAAUGUUGAAGAUAAAAAAUUCACCGCUCACAAAAUCAUUCUCGCCAGUCGGAGUCCUGUGUUUGCUGCAAUGUUCAAGAACAAAAUGAAGGAGGAACUAACAUCCGUUGCUGAAAUUAAUGACAUAAAACCAGAAAUUUUUCAACAAAUGUUGAAUUUCAUCUACACUGAUCGAGUGGAGAAUCUAGAAGAAUCAGCAGUUGAAUUAAUAGACGUUGCAGAAAAAUAUCAACUAGAAAAUCUUAAGUCUAUGUGCAUCAAUAGUCUAAAUGACAAUCUGUCUUUAACCACAGUUAGUAAGACUUUGGGGGCUGCCCAAUUGUAUUCAAUUGAACUGCUAAAAAAUAAAUGCUUUUAUUUUAUAUCUGAGAGAAAGUAUGACAUUCUUGAGACAAAGGAGUUUCAAGAAUUAAUAAAAGAACAUCCAAAAUUAUCAAUCGAUAUUUUAAAAAUUGAGAAAAAGGUAAACCCUGUGGAAGAAGAAGAAGAAGAAAAAAUUUUUUUUAAUAAUUGGGGUUAUAGUUUUAAGUAAAUAUAUUUUGGUACACUUUCUCAAUUAUGCAUCUUGUUUAUUGAUACAGUAUAAAGAGAUAAAAUAAGACAUUCGAAAAAAGAACCUAAGUAGCAUAAAAUCUAUAUAUGUUAUACAUUUGUAAUAAACUUAUCCGUUUCUUUUUAA